UCUGUCUCGGCAGUUUUUGGGAACAAGUGGGAUGUUGUCAAUUGCUUUGGAUAGCAGCAGCAGCAGAAAUAGGAUCGAAGGAUCUGGGUUCAUUCGAGGGAUGUCUUGUGUACCGAUCUUUGAGUCGCCGGUUCCUGGUAGAUCCAUGGCCGCUGCCUUACCUGGGGAUCGUCGGUUCCCUUCUGGUAAUCUGGCGAUGCCUUCUUCGAUACAACAACAACAGAAACCACAAUCACAAGAAGAAGAGCAGCUUGAUUCUUGCAGUUCUUCGAUCGGGAGGAAUAGUGAUUUGUCCUGCAGGUCUUCCGAUGGUGAAGAUUCCGGGGAGAUAGAGGUGCAGAGCUCUUAUAAGGGUCCUUUGGAUACCAUGGACGCGUUGGAGGAGGUUCUUCCCAUUAGGAGAGGUAUUUCCAAUUUCUACCGUGGCAAAUCGAAGUCCUUUGCGAGCUUGGCAGAUGCUGCUGCUUCCCCAAUUAGGGAGCUGGCCAAACCAGAGAACCCAUACACCAGGAAACGCAAGAACCUGUUGGCUUGCAAUUACUUUUGGGACAGAAACAGGGGUUCCCCUCUGAGAAGUAAUGGUGGUGGAAUAUCAAAGAGACCAACACACUCCAGUCGAAGUACAUUGGCUCUUGCAGUUGCAAUGAGCAGCUCUGAAAGCAAUAACACCAGUGAGAACUCGAAUUCAAACUCAUCGUCUCCAACACGGUUUCCUCCCCCUCUGCAUCCACAAGCUAAGCAAGCAAUUACUAAUGCUUCGUUGUCAGAAUUGUCACCACCUCGACGAAACUUCUCUUCAUGGAGGUCAUUCUCCCUGGCUGAUUUACAGUGCGCUGCUUCAACUAGCUCGGCCAUCAGCAAUAGAGACUAAGCACAGCUAGUACUAUUAGCUCCAACCUGUUCCAUCCUCUCCUCUCUCUAUAUACCUACUGUCUUAAAAAACGUUAGUCUU